AUGCGCUUUUUGAAAAUUCUUCAGUACCUUAGUUAUGAGAGCGAAAGUGACAGUAGCGACAGCUCCCUCGGUUAUGAGAGUGAAUGGGAAAGUAGCGACAGUGAAGAAGCAAUGGAGGUUUUGUACCGUCCUACUACGCCUCCUCCUCCCCCACCCCAUAGAGCUUGGGGACAUGGCAGGCCAAUACUUCAGCGUCUUGACGCUAAUAUGCCGAUUAGCUAG